AUGUCGGGCAUGAAGCGUCAUCUGUUGCCUGCCAUCGCACUUGUAUUAUCGCGGGCACAAAUCAUGAAGCUGGUGCAGCAGUUGGACAGUGUUGAUCUGCUCAAUGAAGUUGAGAAGAAGGAGGUCAACAGUGUGCUGCACAAAUGCCUCAGCACACGGUUGGAGGCAUGCGACAAGGAAGUGUCGCAAGUGAUCCUCCUGCAGGAUCUCGCUGUCCGUGGCAUCGCCUUCCACCACUCCGGCAUGAUGCCUCUUCUCAAGGAGCUCGCCCGCGUGUCCUCAUUGCGACCAUCCAUCAGUUAUCAUAUUGUCAUGCUUUUAUGGAGUAGGCAGGCAGGCAGACCGGCAGGCAUGCAGACAGAAGUAGAUCAGUGA